GAGGAGGACGACCCGAUGGCCGACCCGAAGCAGGCUACACUGGCGCGCCUGCGUCUGGCGCGCCUGGCAGAGCUGUGCGAGGAGCGCGACAUCGACACCAAGGGCAAGAAGGCCUUCCUGAUCGACCGCCUGCUGCAGCACCACCGUGCGCGCACGGCCGCUGCGGCGCCCUCGUCGCAGGCCACGGCGGGCAAGAAGGGCAAGGGCAAGGUGCGUCCCGUCGUCGCCAAUGCGCCGGGGCGCAAGCGCAGCGCGGCACAUGUGCCACUGCUGCUGCGCUCGCACUCGCGCCAGACGCUGGCGUCGAAGCCGGACAGCCCCGCGCUGGACCCGUGCAACCCCGAUGCGGCGCCCGCCGAGGCCGUCGACGAGCUCAACGGGCUGGACCUCGAGUCGCUGAACCUGCUCGACAAGGAGAUCCCGCCGCACCGCCUCGAGAAGCUCGAGAAGAUCGGCUCGGGCGGCUUCAAGGACGUGUACGUCGGCAAGUACUUCCACCAGAAGUCGCGCGCGCAGAAGGUGGCCAUCGCCGACAUCCGCGACGACCUGACGGAGAUGGACAUCAAGGAGCUCUCGCUGCUGCGCGACCUGCGCCACGAGAACAUUGUGCGCUUCAUCGGCGUCUCGAUUCCCGAUGCGCCGCGCCACGUGCCGUGCAUGAUCGUCUCGGAGCUCUGCACCAACGGCGACCUCUUCGACUACAUCCGCAACGUGCCUGCGCCGUCGAACGACGACAUUUUCCGCAUCAUGCUCGAGACGGCGCGCGGCAUCGAGUACCUGCACGGCCGCGACCCGGCCAUCAUCCACCGCGACAUCAAGUCGACGAACAUCCUCAUCACGCGCGACCGCCACGCCAAGAUCAACGACUUUGGCCUUGCACGCGUCAAGAACACGCGGCGCUCCAUGAUGCGCUCGCUCGUCGGCACGGUCAACUGGCAGGCGGCCGAGCUGUGGCGCCCCAAGCCGCACUACAACGAGAAGGUCGACGUGUGGAGCGUGGCCAUGACGUUCUGGGAGACGCUGCAGUGGCACGAAAAGGUCAAGAAGUACCCGUUCGAAGGCAUGAACGAGCACCAGAUCUACCUCGAGGUCGGCGGCGACAAGCGUGUCCGCCCAAAGACCACCAACGUCCGCAAGCUCUUCGGCGACGGCAUCGUCGAGCUGCUGGAGCGCAUGUGGGACGCACAGCCGCGCCUGCGCCCGACCAUGUCCGACGUCUGCGCCGAGCUGGAGCGCCUCAUCGCCGAG